GGCCCCUUUUACUUUCGUCCGCGACGCACAUACACGAUUGCUAGCCAGAGUCGCUCGUUCAUCCAGCCCAACAUGGGUUCUCUGCGUCCGGACACCUCGCACCCGCCUUCGCGUUCCGUGUCCCCCGUACCCAGCGCUACGUCGCCGGCCCCGGCGACGCUGCCCAGCAACGACGACAUCGAGGCCAUCAUCCAGCUAGCCACCUCCUCGUCUUCGUCCGUCCCCCAGAAGGACACCCGCACGCAGCUCUUCGUCGGCAACCUGCCUUACCGCGUCCGUUGGCAGGACCUCAAGGAUCUCUUCCGCAAAGCAGGCACGGUCCUCCGCGCAGACGUGUCCCUCGGGCCCGACAAUCGGAGCAGGGGCUAUGGCACCGUCCUGCUAGCCUCUGCCGAGGAUGCGGGGCGGGCGAUCGACAUGUUCAACGGCUACAGUUGGCAGACACGCGUGCUGGAGGUCAGGCUGGACAGGCUC